CAUAUCAGAUUAUAAAUGAUUUUGAAGGUAGAGAAUGUCUUGUAAGAUCUAUUCAGUUCUUUAAGAUUUUGUCUAUGCUAUUUGGCGGAAUAACUUGCAAUGAUGCACAAAAGAUCGAAUCUAUUCUUAAUGAAGAAUUCGAAAAAAUUAAAAUACAAGCAGUCGAGUCAGACAAGUUAUGGGAACAUUACUUUUUAUACAUACAGAAGUUAAAUAAUAUUAUGAUUAAGGGUGGUGCUAGAAAAGCUCAUACAGUGGGCGAAUCGAGUAAAAAACGCACUGUGAAUAGUAAAAGAAGACGACGAACAUCAGAUAGUCGACGUAAUACAAAGGAUCAUCUUGUUGACUCAAAUUCUGAAAAUCAAGAGAAUAACGAGGGGUUUGCAAUUUCAGCCGUUUGUAAGCCGAGGAGCAAUAAUAUUUCCCCAUCAUUUGGUGAUGAAGAUGUCAAUAAUUCUUUUAACAGUGAGAGAUCUUCACCUAAUAUGAAGCGGUCAGCGCCCGUCGACGAUAUUGAAAUCACAAAAUCACCUGCAAAAAAGAGAAAAUCUUAUGCUAAAAAAAGAUCAAGUGUGGAAAUGGGGGAUGUUAGUAAUGAAGAAAAGCCAGAUAAUGAAGGUUCAGAUAGUGAUGGAAGCUAUCAAAGCUUAUCUGAU